AUGACAAAAAUCACCAUUUUCCUGAGCCUUUGGCUAGGCCUGGCCUCUUUGUCAUUUGGGCUGAAGAACCCAAUCAUUAGAGGAUGGAACCCCGACCCUCACGUUAUCCGUGUAGACAAUACCUACUACGUAGCUGUAUCCUCCUUUCUCACAUAUCCCGGUAUUCCCAUAUACAAAUCACAAGACUUGGUCAACUGGGAGUUGAUCUCUCAUGCCAUCGAUGACCCUCAAAAAGUCCCCAUCACUGGCACGAGAACAGGAAAUGGUACGUUCAUUCUCGGACACGGCAUCUGGGCGCCUUCCCUUUCCUAUAUCAAUGGUCGAUUUUACGUCACCUCAAUGGCGAUGACGGGGUCGGAUCCUGAUUACCGAACCUGGCCUCGGAUGUUCUGGGUCUCUUCGAAAGAUCUCAAGGCAUGGUCCGAGGUUGUCUGGGGAGAGCCGUACGGCAUUGACCCGCACCUUUUUCAGGAUCCGAUAUCGAAGAAGACGUAUCUCACUAUCAUGGGCUUAAACAAUGGCUUUAAUCGUCUAUGGGGUAUCAGCCAGUGCCAAGUAGACCUGGAGAGUGGCGCUUGCGGUACAGGCGCUACUCAUAGGGCUUCCAUUGCUCGCUCCAAGUCUCCUGAAGGACCCUGGGACUCGUCGCCUACCAAUCCGUUGAUAUUCAACGGUGCCGACUCCAACCUUGUGGUUGGCAACACUGGGCACGCCACGUUUGCCGACACCCCUGACGGUAAAUGGUUCGCCACCUUUUUGGCUCGCCGAUAUGUCGAUAAAUGGUCGGUCCUCGGACGCGAAACCUUCUUUGCUCCGGUGAGCUGGAAGGAUGGAUGGCCUACCAUGAACAACGGCGACUACGUUUUGUUGAGUCAGAGCUACGACUAUGGUCCCAAUGCUACAUAUCCUCCCAAGCCAUAUGAAGAUCGCUUUGAGGGUCCCGAGCUCCGACCAAGCUGGUAUCAGCUCCGUUCACCAUACUCCAAAACAUACCGUCUGAAAUCCAAAGGAAAUGGGGUGAUUCUGGUCCCAAACGUCUACACACUCAGUGACCGGGACACCCCCAGUGCCAUCUUGAGAAAGCAGCAGUCUGUCAACAUGACAUUUUCCGCAACUCUACUGCCAACUCAAAAGGGUCUGGGGCCAUACCAGUCUGUCGGCAUCUCGGCUUAUUCAAGUGAGCUGGCCCAUCAGGAUCUUGGGGUUCGAGGAUGUGCCCACUCAACUGGCCUUUGCAUCUUUAGUAUGAUAUUAACAUAUUCACCUCAGUCAGAAGAGUUCCCUUUGAAAUUGACGCAAAUUCCUUCAGACUUGCAGCUGCACAUCCGAUCUGAACCCCGGCAGUAUAAACUUGGAUAUUCGAUUAGCGAUCAGGAAACCAAAUGGGUCAAGGCAUUCUCCCCAAGCCUCCUUCCUGUGGGAUUUGACGGCGUCAUGUUCGGCCUCUUUGCGAGUGGCAACAGUUUCCCCUGGCCCCACGAUGGACCUGAGGUUGGGUUCAGCAAGAUUCGGGAGGAAUACUAUGAUGAGGGUUUUGGCGACUACAAAGAUGGAAAGGAGGGCGAAUAG